AUGGCUGUAUCCAGUCUUCGUCCUGUGAUCCCUUUCCCUUUCGGGGCUGUUGAUCGCAAUGUCUCUGCUGAGCCGUUGAAUACCGCUGUCGAUAGGGCUGCCCUUGAGACAUCAAGUAAGAUACUUGAUAUAAUCGGAAGAUAUCGAAUGAAGCAAGACGAAAACCUUUACUCACAGUCCGAUGAGUCAACUCUCAAGUUCAUCGCUCUUAUCUACACGCACGUCAAGGCUGGCAAGCCAGUCCCUAUGUGCCUACCAGCCUUCCCUUUCAAGUCGCCAAACUCGGUAUCAAAGACGUUGGGAAAACUUCCCGAUAAGGGAGAGGAGAUUGCCCUCGCUCACUUAAAUGGACUUUGCAACGCCAUUGGUGAUGUAUAUGCGCCAGGUGCUAAGCUCACGAUCAUCUCCGAUGGAUUAGUAUACAAUGACCUGCUUGGUGUUCCAGAUAGAGAUGUCUGGGCAUACGGCGAGAUUCUGCGCUCCAUGGCAGCAGAGAAAGAAUUCCACAACAUCUCCUUUGCACGACUUCGCGACCUCGUUGAGAUCGAUCUGCCGAAGGAUCUCGAGGAGAUGACUUAUGUUGCCAACGCAUCGAACUUUCGACGUGCGCUUCUCAACACCUUCAGCAAGCCUGGAUGGAGUUGGGAUGAAGUCCGUCAACUGGAUGACCAGUGCAUGACUUAUCGUGGAUAUAUCAAGUUUCUUCAAACAGACCUGGAAACAGUUUAUCCGGUUGACGAGAACCGCAGCAAGUCAAAGUAUAAGAGAGGAAUUGAGUAUAUUGCGAAGCAGAUGAUGGCUCGUGGAGAUGCCUUCGCCAAUGCUGUUCGACAAAAGUACCCUGAUCAUGUUCGUCUAUCAAUCCAUCCCUCAACUGGUGCUGUGAAGCUUUCUAUAAGUCUCUUGCCAACCGAGCAACUCUACACCACGCCCUGGCACUGUAGCGUGGCUUAUAGACUGGAUGGCACCAUCAGAACAGGUAUGCGAUCUGAGUUUGACAACGACGAGAGUCUCGAACUGGUAUACGACAACGGAAGACCUUCGCAUUACCGAGAAAAGUCACCACUACUAUCAUGGGCAGAGGACAAAGGCGGCAUCGUCGUCGACCCUAUGUACCCCGCUGGCCUGAUAAUUCGCCCUGCCAAUGGAGCUGGCUCCUUGACACUCGACGACAUCGACACUAAGAAAGUCCGUGCUCUUUCAGAGAUCAACUCACCUGUUGUUCUGAAGAGGUUUGUCAAGAAGCCUAACCGCGACCGCUUCAUUGAUUUCAGCCACCGAUUCGGAACCCCACUGCCCUGGAAGUUUGGCCUGUUGCUCGAGGUCAAGGAUCGAGGACAGGAUGCUCGGGGUCUGAAUAAUGUCCUUUCGGCAGAGCCUAUGCCAUUCCACUAUGAUGGUCUGUUCAAGGUCGUCAAGCAGACUGAUGAGAAUGGAAAUGAGAAGAUGGUUUCAACUCCUCCCCAGUUCCAACUCUUUCAGGGCGCCACCUCCUCACCAAGAGAUACCGGCUUUACUAUUUUCUCAUCGUCAACACUAUUCUUCAAAUACCUCCCAUCGUGGCUCAAGAAGGACAUUCCCAAGCUCACAUGGAGCGUAUCAACAUCAGCAUUCGACAACACAGUCUUGAGAGGUCUACCUCUAGCUAUCGAUCAUCCUACGACCGGCAAGCCUUGUCUUCGAUACCAUGAGCCUUGGCCCCAAUCUAAGACACGAUUUGAUGCUUCGGAUGUCACAAUUGACGGACUUGAGCCUACUGAGAGUGCUGCUGUCUGUGAAGCUAUUGACUUGGUGCUCUAUGAUCGUCGGGUUGCGUUGUACUAUGCUUGGGAUAAGGGUGAUAUUCUGGUCAGCGAUAACAUCUUGAUGAUGCAUACCAGGAGUGAUUUCACUGCGGGCGUUGAUCGUGAACUAUGGAGAAUUCACUUUGACUAG